GUCUCCUCCCCCUGUCUGGAGUGGGAAAUGACAGUCUGGGAGGAGGAGGAGGAGAAGAGGAGAGGUUUGCGUUGCGUUGCCGUGUCCGAUAAACGAGCAGCACGUCUGUCAGAGUGAAACUGUAAAUUAGAAAAAUAGAACCCGAACUACGAUUGGUUGGGUUAAAACUAACUCUUGAUUGCGAGUUCCCGCUUGGAUUAAGCAGCUAAAGGAGUACGCGGACGGCUCUGAAACAGGGUGAAGAUAUCAUGGCCGCCCAGUUUACUGAGCUGCCCUCCUAGACUUGCCUGAUAUAUAGACAUACAUACCUUAACAUCCCUGCGAUCCACACAAACACACCCACUUUUGACUCUUGGAGUGUGUGCGGGAUGACAACCUCCCAUCUGAACGGCCAUGUUGCUGGGGAGGGAGGAGGAGGAGGAGGAGAUGAAGAGCUAAGGGGAGGACAGCAGCACCGGGAAAUGGCUGUCGACUGUCCCGGAGAGCUGGGAAGUCGAACGCUACCGCUCCGACGUUCUGCGCAGCUGGAGAGGAUACGACAGCACCAGGAGGAUCUUCGUCGUCGUAGAGAGGAGGAGGGUCGGCAGUUGGACCUGAACACCUCGCUCAGACUCAGGAAGCUUUCGCAGCAUCCCCACAUCGGCAUCGACAACCCCACAUUCCUGCAAGACUCAUACACAUCAGAGCAGCCAGCACUCAGCAACCAGCACACACACGCACUGCUGGAGUUGGAGGAGUUGCUGCUGUCACUGAAGCAGGUUCGAGGCUGCCUGUCCGACCAGCAGAGUCAGAAUGACAUAGAACUGGUUCUUACACUACUAAACAAGUCUGACUUCCAAUCAGCGCUGAAGAUCCAUAAUGCAGUGGCCACCAGCAUGCACAGACCCUCUCCUCCAUACCCACACACACAACACGCACUUCAGCUGGCCAUGGAGGCUAGGAAUCUCAUCCAGUCAAGUCAGAACAAAGAAGGACUUGAACUCCACAGCCUGCUGUCAGACACACACAUCCAGUCAUUGCUCCUGGCCCAUGACAGCAUAGCAGAGAUGGAAAUGCAGCCUGAGCCGCUGUCCGCCCAAGGAGAAACAAUGACCCAGUGGGGAGGAGAGACUGUCAGGAUGGUUCGCAUAGAGAAAGCCCAAGACAUACCACUGGGGGCAACUGUUCGUAAUGAAAUGGAAAGUGUAGUGAUCAGUCGUAUUGUUCGAGGCGGAGCAGCUGAACGGAGUGGACUUUUAUCAGAAGGAGAUGAAAUACUGGAGAUAAACGGCAUAGAGAUCCGAGGAAAAGAUGUCAACCAAGUAUUUGAUAUUCUUGCGGACAUGCACGGCCUCCUGACCUUUGUGCUUAUUCCCAGCCCUCAGAGCAGACCUCCUCCUGUCAAAGAGUCCGUGGUCCACGUGAAGGCACAUUUUGACUAUGACCCAUCAGAUGACCCCUAUGUGCCGUGCAGAGAGCUGGGCUUGUCUUUCCAGAAAGGAGAUAUUCUCCACAUUAUCAGCCAGUCAGACCCCAACUGGUGGCAGGCUUACAGGGACGGAGAUGAGGAUAACCAGCCACUAGCGGGACUGGUACCAGGGAAGAGUUUCCAGCAGCAGAGAGAAGCCAUGAAACAGACCAUAGAAGAAGACAAGGAGCCGGAGAAGUCUGGGAAGCUGUGGUGUGCAAAGAAGAACAAGAGGAAGAGAAAGAAGCUGCUGUACAACACUCACAGGAAUGAUGAUAUUGAUAAUGAGGAGAUUCUCACCUAUGAGGAGAUGGCACUGUACCACCAGCCGGCCAAUAGGAAGCGGCCGAUUGCACUGAUUGGUCCAACCAGCUGCGGGCAGGUAGAGCUCCGACAGAGACUUCUCAACAGUCAACCAGAACGGUUCGCUGGAGCUGUACCCUACACCACACGGAGCCGUCGAGAUGGCGAGCUGAGUGGUCGAGAUUACCACUUUGUGUCUCGUCAGACCUUUGAGGCAGAACUGGCAGCAGGAAAGCUGAUCGAGUCUGGUGAUUUUGAGAAGAACCUGUACGGGACAAGUACAGACUCAGUGAGACAGGUCAUCAACACUGGAAAAAUCUGUGUGCUCUGUCUGCACACACAGGCUUUAAAGGUGCUGAGGAGUUCGGACUUAAAGCCUUACAUCAUCUUCAUAGCUCCGCCCUCCCAGGAAAGACUCCGAGCCCUGUUGACUAAAGACAACAAAAACCCCAAGCCCGAGGAGCUGCGGGACAUCAUUGAGAAAGCCCGGGAGAUGGAGCAGAGCUGCGGUCACCUGUUUGACGCCGUCAUCGUCAACCUGGACCAGGACAAAGCCUACAACGAGCUGCUACGACUCAUCAACAAACUGGACACUGAACCCCAGUGGGUGCCCUGCUCCUGGCUGCGCUGAAAACACACACUUACACUUACACACCAGUCAUAGAGUGACAAUGGCGUACACAUUUAUAGAGAUUCAACAAACUGGAAGCUGAACUGCUGCGUGAGAGUUGCGAUCGAGUAGUCGGGCCUCUGUUAGGAGAAAACUCAUCUGAGAUUUUGACAGUUGAAAUGUUAUGAGAUAAAGUUGUAAUUUUAUGAGACAAUAUUACAACAUAAAGUUGUCAUUUUACAAUAAAAAGUCCUAAUAUUUUCAUAUGAAUUCAUAAUUCUAUGAAAACAAAACCAUAAUAUUACAAGAUGGUGUAAUUUUAUGAGGAAAAGUCUGACAAGGAAAUGACAGACGAGUCAUAAUAUUACCAACUAACGGUGGAAUUUUACAAUAAACAUUCCUAAUUCCUAAUUUGGGAAUAAGGUUGUGAUUUCACUAGAAAAAAAAGCCUUAUUUAAAGAACAGUCAUAAUAUUUCAGGGAAAAGGCGGUUAUAUUUUACUUUUCUUACUAAUUCUUGCAAUUCCAGCUUUAUUCUCAUAACAUUGACUUUUUUUUCUGGAAUCUCAGAAUGAAUUUAUCUUAACAUUGACCCUAAUACUCGGUUGUGCUGCAGAGUAGAUCCUCAGCACGUAAUCAGCAUUUUCUACAAUGUGUUGACCUGUUAAUGGUAAAAUACAUGCAAUUUCAACUUUUUGUGUCUUGACUGUCCUUAAAGGGAGAAAACCCCUCAACAAAGUGAUCUUGGUUGGUGCCUGACCGCUUCAUAAUGUUUUUGUGUUCAACAGUGACAUUUAUACAACACUAAUCUCUUUUUCCUAUCGUCACAAUUCUUAGUGAGACCAAAAUAUGGACCUGGAAAAUAUAUAUAUAUAUUUUUUCUCUUUUAUUUGUUCUUUCUCGGACAUGUGGGGCCUCAUUAAUGAUGCAUCUUUUGCCUUUUAUCCUGUGAUCAUUUCAACCAUUAUGAAUAACAGUAUUUAAAUUAUGACAGUCAAAUUAUUUUUAACUUUUUGCUGUGCUGGGGAAUCGGUUUAAAAAAUAGAUUUUCUAUUCAAGCUUGUUAGUUAUGUAUUAAAUCACUCAGCCUUGGUGUUGGUCCUGAUCACAAAUGUGUAGAAAUGAGCCCCCCCCCCCAAAGGAGCAAAUGUGAGAAUCACACACACACGCGCACAGACAUUUAGUACUAAUUUAAAUCCACACUGAACCACAUCAUUUAUGAAAAACACUCCUUUACACACACAGACAGACACACACACAGACACACACACACACACACACAGUUCUGUAUGUACACACGGCAACAGUGCGUUAGAUGCUGACUUUCCUCUGCCGAUUUCUGGCCUGAAGCUGCAGCCUUCCUAACCCUGACUGACUGAUUCUGACUGGCUCUCCUGAUGAUAUGCACACUAUUGCAAUAAACACUAAAAUAAAAGACCCAGCACUUGAUAUUUCCUGUCUGACGGUUUUAUUUUCUGCCUGUUUUUCUUUUUCUGACUGACCUAUGACAGACUAUCUAGUCAGAUGACUCUUUCUUUCCUGUCUGAGCCCAUUUGAGUAGAAAUGACCUCUGAGCCCUGAGGAGGCGAGCAAGUAAAGAAAACGUGAAAGUUGUAGUUUUUAGUUGUGUUCAUGAUCGGCACAUGAUGCUGAAUUUAUUCUAUUGUGUGUGUGUGUGUGUGUCUGUGUUUGUGUGUCUGUCUGUGUGUCUGUCUGUCUGUCUGUCUGUCUGUCUGUAAAUACAGUCAAGUAUUAUUAUGACCUGAAGUAGACCUGACAAAAUGUCACUGUUAUCACUGGGUAGAGCCUUUAUAUAUUUGUAAUAUUGAAAAUAGAUUUAUGAAGUCCAGAAUGCACCAAUAGGAUUGCAGGUUUCACCGUUUGCCUCAGCUGCCAUUGGUCCAGGAAGGGGUGGGGCUAAGUGGAAUUAACUAUUGAAUGUAAAGUUAAUUGAUACCACUUGUUUAUCAGAUAUCACUUCUUCCUGAGUAAAUCCGCUUUUUGUAUGACUAUUCACAAUGAAUAAAUAAAUAAAUAGAUGAUUGAUAGAAAA